GGCGGCAGCGACAGAGGCGGCGGCGACAGAGGUGGCGGCGCGGCAGUGGGACGUAGCACGUACAGACCAGGCCUGUAACUACUCCCUGGGAACCUGCGUGUCAGCAGCCCGGAGCCCAGAGCCUGUCGUGGAGCCUGCACAAUCAAUCCUGACUGAAGCGGAGGGACGAAGUGCAAUCCACCCAGGGCGCCGCUGAGUUUUGAGAGGCAUUAAUUCCUUGGCGUCCACCAAGGGACCACUGGGACUAAUUCUCAUGGCAAACUUGUGGCCAGCCCAAACUCCCAAGCUUCACAUCCCGGUUGUGCUUGGUUACCGCCCACGAUUGGCUUCCACAAGAGAUGAAAUGUGGUCUGAGGGACGCUAUGACUACGACCGACUUCCGAGAGAACGAGUGCCUCCCCGGAGCCAUCCCAGUGAUGGCUACCAUAGAGUAGUUAAUGUUGUGCCAAAGAGACCACCUCUGCUAGACAAGAGACCACCUCUGCUAGACAAGAGACCGCCUCUGCUAGCCAGACCUGAUGAAGGAGGCUACAGUAGAUAUUACAGUCAUGUUGAUUGCCGAGUAUGUGACGAGGGCCGCAGUUUUUCUCAUGAUCGAAGAAGUGGCCCAUCUCACAGUGGAGAUGAAUCUGGCUACAGAUGGCUAAGAGAUGAUCAUUCCACAAGCCGGCAGCCUGACUACAGGGACAUGAGAGACGGCUUCAGAAGAAAGAGUUUCUACUCUUCACAUUAUUCGAGAGAUCGGUCUCCCCAUAAAAGGGAUGCCCCCUUCUUCAGAGAAUCCCCUGUAGGCCGGAAGGACUCCCCACACAGCAGAUCCGGCUCCAGUGUCAGCAGCAGAAGCUAUUCUCCAGAGCGAAGCAGGACUCACUCCUUCCAUCAGUCUCAGCAUAGAAAGUCCUCGCGUGUCGGUGCUUCCUACAAACGACAGAAUGAAGCAAUUCGAGGAAGAGGUAAAGAGAGAUCCAUCCAGUCAGUGAAAACCUCGAGAGAUGCGUCACCCUCAAGUUCCUCAGCAGUUGCUUCAGCCAAGGCGUUAGACAAACCCAGCAGGCUAACUGAGAAGGAACUUGCUGAGGCUGAAAGCAAGUGGGCUAAUGAAACACUAGAGAAGUCAGACGAAAGUAACUUGGCUGAAAUGUCUGAGUUUGAGGCGGGAUCCACGGCACCCUUAUUUAUUGACCAGACAGAAGAACCCGAGUCAAACACAAUAGAUGCUACAGAACUGUAUGAAGACAGCCAGCUCAGCAACCGCUCUAAAGCCAUUGCCUCAAAAACCAAAGAGAUUGAGCAGGUUUACCGACAGGACUGCGAGACUUUCGGGAUGGUGGUGAAAAUGCUGAUUGAAAAAGAUCCCUCAUUAGAAAAGUCUAUCCAGUUUGCACUGAGGCAGAACUUACACGAGAUAGGUGAGCGCUGCGUGGAAGAACUCAAGCAUUUCAUUACUGAGUAUGAUAAUUCUACUCAGGAUUUUGGAGACCCUUUUUAGAAGAAGAAGUACCCAGGUCAAAAGUUUUUUUUAGAUUGUUUUUUCUCCUUGGAUUGUGUAAAUCCUUACUAUUUUGUGAUGAAGAAAAAAUACUUUAUGAUAGCUAAGCACAUUUCUAGUACUAAAUAAACAUCUACAAUAGCUUUUAAAGUAUCUUAAUUAGAAUGUUUCCCCUAUGUGUAGAAUAUUCUAAUCUAUCUUCAUACAUUUCCUCCCUCCAAAAAUAAUAUUCAGUUAUUUUAAUGUUCAAAAAAAAAAAGGCAGUUCUGGAGAGCAGCUCCCUGUAUUUAACUCAUGUUCCAUAGUCUUCCAUGAUGUUCUAUGAUCAUCUGUUUGCAUACCAUGUAAAGGUUGUCUUUUUUAUU